AUGUCGAGUUUCCGCUACCGCCCUGAGAUCCUGGAAGGGGUCGCAGAUCACAUCGAUUGCGACUUGAAGGAAUAUGAGGACUGGUUUACUCUCGAACCAUCCCAGCUGAAGGAGAUCACCGAUCAUUUUAUUAAAGAGCUCGAAAGGGGGCUUACGGUAGAGGGUGGUAAUAUACCGAUGAACAUCACCUGGGUUAUGAGCUAUCCCACCGGUCACGAACAGGGAAGAAUCCUGACAAUAGAUAUGGGCGGCACUAAUCUCCGUGUCUGCGAUAUUCACUUAUCAUCAACAAAGAGAGACUCCGAUCAGAUUCAGAAGAAAUACGAACUGCCGAAGCCGAUCAAAGCAGGCACGGCCGACGAACUGUGGGACUGGGUUGCGGAUCGUGUGCAGGACUUCCUCAAUGAUCACGACAGUGGUGGCCAAAAAGACAGACAGUUACCGUUGGCCUUCACAUUCUCUUUUCCAGUGGACCAGAAGUCCAUUUCAUCGGGUGUCCUGCAGCACUGGACUAAGAGCUUUAAUGUGUCCGGGGCAGAGGGCGAGGACAUAGUGGCACAAUUGGAAGCUGCGAUUAAUAGGAAGAAAGUUCCAGUGAAGAUCGUCGCCCUGAUCAAUGAUACGACCGGCACACUCAUUGCCUCGAACUACGGCGAUCCGCACGUCAAAGUCGGCUGCGUCUUCAGCACCGGAUGCAACGCGGCAUACAUGGAAGAAUGUCGACUGAUCCCCAAGCUGAAGCAUCUGAACCUCCCAGAAGACGCGCAGGUAAUCAUCAACACUGAAUACGGCGCGUUCGACAACGAUUCCGUAAUAUUACCCCUGACCCCAUGGGACCACCAAAUCGACCGCGAGUCCUUGCGCCCCGGAACCCAGCGCUUUGAGAAAAUGGUCGCAGGUCUUUAUGUGGGAGAAAUGCUGCGCCUUAUCAUGGUCACCCUGCACGAGGAAAACAAGCUCUUCAAAGGCCAAGACAUCACGCGUCUGCGAUCCGAGAACGCACUUGACGCGACAUUCCUAUCUAUCGCCGAGCUGGAUAUUUCAGAGGAUCUGGAAGACAUGCGAUAUGAGUUCGAGAGCAGUCUGAGCCUAAGCCCCGUGCUGAUCGAGCUUAAAGUUUGCCGGUACCUUAUCGGUCUGAUCGCGACCCGCGCGGCGCGUCUGUACGCGUGCGGAAUCGCGGCAAUUUGCAAGAAGAAGGGUAUUAAAAAGUGUCAUGUCGGUGUGGAUGGCUCUGUCUUCAACAAGUAUAGUGGAUUUAAGCAACGAGCUGCGCAGGGACUGCGUGACAUCUUCGACUGGCCAUCUCACGAGCUGGACUUGAUCGUGUUGAAUCCAUCAGAGGAUGGGUCGAGUUUAGGUGCUGCUCUAGCAGCAUCUCUGGUUCUUAAUAGAGAAACGAAAGAGCACCCGAGCCAAGUGAUGGAAGAUUAA